CUAUGCGUACAGAAACGAGAUGAUUUGCUUGACCAAGACACGGGAUUACAGAUCUUAGUCGCUGCCUGCGAGCAUGUCAUGUCGAUUGAGUGCCCCGAGUACAGGCGGCGGAAGCAGACUAAGAACCGAGACUCCCACUCGGCCCAGCCGUUGCCGGCAAAUACGGAGGAUGAUGCAGCGCAGUGGCAUCGUUUUUGGGGGGUUGCCUCGGACGGAUCCAGGCGUCUCUCUGCUCUGAGGGAGGUGGUGCGCUGCUGGGGUCGAGACGUUGUCCAGCACUACCAGUGGGCUUCCAAGGGAGAGAAAUACUGGAACCAACUUCGCACCACAGCGCGGAGAGUCCCUGUGUGGGAAGAAGCUGUGGUUGGUCUGAACUGGUCGAUGCUCCUGCGGUCUAAGCAUGUCCGGCGACAGCCCGUAAAGGCUUUGGUCAACCCGAUCGAACAGACUGAUCUAGACAGUCUUAGGGCUUGGUCACGCGAAGAUUCAUUU